GUCUUCUAAUUUUCAUUUUCUUGCCUCUUCCCUUCUCCUUCUCCUUCUCCUUCUCCUUCUCCUUCUCCUUUUUUCCGUAGAUAAUAUCUCUCUUUGAGCUUCUUCUCCUUUUAUUUUGUUUUUUCUUUCUUUUACAUUCUCCUCUUUAUAUUUUCAUAAAUUACCUUUAAUUUUGACAAUCCAUCAUCUUCUUUUUUUUCAUUCUUCUCUCUUUUUUGUUGAAUUCUUAUUAUUUAAUAUACUAGUAGUUCUUUUUUUCUUUUUUCUUUUUUUUUUUUAAAUGUUUAUACAUUGAUUAUGAAGUAAUGUGAGAAGAUAUGAUGAUCGUUCUUUUGAAAGAAUUUGCCGAAGAAAAAAAGGAACCCAGCCAAGCUGACAGCCCCACUUGGAAAAUUGGUAAGGAAGCUUGGAUUUUUCCCUUCUUUUCUUGUCCAAAAACCAGAUUUGAGCUUAGAAACCUCCCCCCCUACAGAGAAAAUCCGGAUCUGCUCUGCUCCUCCUCUUCACCGCCGGCUGCUCUUGCUUUGUGGGGUGUGAUUUGCUCCAGUUUCUGCCCGUGAAUUGCCCCUGCACUGCCGCCGGCCUUCCCCAACUGCAGCUCUGGUUCUUGCUGGAAAUUGUGGAAGCGAAACCGAGGACGGGGAAACCACGGGAAGUGACGAGUUAGAAGGCUAGCCAUUUCGAGAUUGAUAUAGAUUUUAGAAAUAAAUCAUGCUUUUGUAAGAUAAAUUUUACCUUGAGAUUUUGAGGUUAAGUGUUGGACAUAGAAUUAAUUUGAAAUAUAUUAUUUAAGUUAUU